CGCCGGAGUAGCCGAGGCAGAGACGUCACACGACGACGGGACGCCGGCGAGUGCGCGUCGCGGCCUGGCUGCGGGUGAGAGCCUACGACGCGAAUCUUUCCGCUUUUCUUCCGCGCCGCGAACAAAGACGUCCGGUUGACUCCUCGCCUCUUCGUGAAUACAUCACGGAAUUAAUCUCAUCGUAUACCCGGGGCUCUCGGAGGAACUUCAUUCAUUUCAUCCCACCGAUGAGCGCGCGACCUUCCAGCGAGGGUGCCGCGCGACCGUCGCGGCGAGACAGGCCGCGGCCCAGGCUUUAAAUUUCGCAGACGGAGGAAUGACGCUGGAAAAUCCCUUCUUUGUCGUCAAAGACGAGGUGUGCAAGGCGUUGAACAAGAAUCGCGGCUUGUACGGCCGCUGGAGCGAGCUGCAGAAUGUCGGGAUCACGUCGCCGACUGGUCUGCCGAUGAGCGGCUCGGCUGCGGCGCCCACGAUCUCGCGGACGGACGAGCUCGACUGGACCACCACAGAGCUAAGGAAAGCUCUGCGCUCCAUCGAAUGGGACCUCGACGACCUCGAAGACACUAUCUGUAUCGUUGAGAAGAAUCCGACGAAAUUUAAGAUUGACAACAAGGAGUUGACAGUUCAAAGAAGUUUCAUCGAGCAAGCACGAGAAGAAGUCAAGAUCAUGAAGGACAAAUUGAAUUUGAGCAGAAGCCGGGAUCGUGACAGCACGGCAAGACAGCCACUUUUGGACAACAGCCCGGCGCGAGUCCCAACCAAUCAUGGCACCACCAAAUACAGCAAGCUAGAAAAUGAAAUUGAUAGUCCAAAUAGGCAAUUCCUCAGUGAUACGCUGCAGCAGCAAAACACCAUGAUGCUGCAGCAGGAUGAACAAUUAGACAUGAUUGGAGAAACAGUUGGCACAUUAAAGACAGUAUCCAGGCAAAUCAACAGUGAACUAGAUGAACAAGCUGUGAUGUUGGAUGAAUUUGGGAACGAGCUGGAAACAACAGAUUCCAAGUUAGAUGCUACCAUGAAGAAGAUGGCCAAGGUGCUGCACAUGAGUAAUGAUCGGAGGCAAUGGGUAGCCAUUGGAGUGUUGACUGCUAUAUUGGUGUUUUUAAUCAUUUUAUUCAUAAUUAAAUGAAUCAUCUCCCACCUUUUCCAGCCUCUUCUCUUCCUUUCCCAGGAAAUGCAAGAUCCUCUUUGUAGCUUUAAAUGUAAUCUAAGUCCGUUUGACAUACUUACAUAUUAAUGAUAUAGUAAGAUUUUAUGAAUAAAAAAAAUAAAUAGUUAAUUAUAUAAAAUAA